CUAGUGCGGUGCGUACCGCGGCGGUGGGGAUGGCGGCCGGGGCGGAGAAGCCCGGCCCUGGCGCGGGGCGCUCGUGGGAAGAAGGGGCGCCGCACGAGUGAAGAGGGAGCUUCCUUUACAGAGCAGGCCGAGCCCGGCUGGGCGAGGAACGACGGUGCCGCCGCGGCAGAGCGGGGUUAGCUGUUGGGAGCAAUGGGCGACUGGAGCUUCCUGGGGAGGCUGCUGGAGAAUGCGCAGGAGCACUCUACAGUCAUCGGCAAGGUGUGGCUGACCGUGCUGUUCAUCUUCCGCAUUCUGGUGCUGGGGGCGGCAGCCGAGGAGGUGUGGGGCGACGAGCAGUCGGACUUCACCUGCAACACACAGCAGCCCGGGUGUGAGAAUGUGUGCUACGACCGCGCCUUCCCCAUUUCGCACAUCCGCUUCUGGGCACUGCAAAUCAUCUUCGUGUCCACGCCCACCCUCAUCUAUCUGGGCCACGUGCUACACAUCGUGCGCAUGGAGGAGAAGAAGAAGGAGCGGGAGGAGGAGCUGCUGAGGAGAGACAACCCCCAGCACGGCCGCGGGCGCGAGCCAGUGCAUACAGGGAGCCCGCGGGACCCGCCACUGCGCGACGACCGCGGCAAGGUGCGCAUCGCAGGCGCGCUGCUGCGGACCUACGUCUUCAACAUCAUCUUCAAGACGCUCUUCGAAGUGGGGUUUAUCGCAGGCCAGUACUUUCUAUAUGGCUUCCAGCUGCAGCCGCUUUACCGCUGCGACCGCUGGCCCUGCCCCAACACCGUGGACUGCUUCAUCUCCAGGCCCACGGAGAAGACCAUCUUUGUCAUCUUCAUGCUGGCUGUGGCCUGUGCGUCACUGGUGCUCAACAUGCUGGAGAUUUACCACCUGGGCUGGAAGAAGCUCAAGCAGGGAGUUACCAACCACUUCAACCCAGAUGCCUCAGAAGUUAGGCACAAGCCCUUGGACCCCCUACCCGCGGCCACCAGCUCUGGCCCGCCCAGCGUCUCCAUUGGGUUCCCACCUUAUCACACACACCCUGUCUGUCCCACAGUACAGGCAAAGGCUGCGGGGUUUCCUGGGGCCCCAAUACCACCAGCAGACUUCACAGUGGUGACCCUAAACGAUGCGCAAGGCAGAGGCCACCCGGUCAAGCAUUGCAAUGGCCACCACCUGACAGAGCAGAACUGGGCCGGCAGCAGAGUGGCAGAGCAGCAGGCUCCAGCCAGCAAGCCCUCUACAGCAGCAUCCAGCCCUGAUGGCCGCAAGGGGCUUACUGACAGCAGUGGCAGCAGCUUAGAGGAGAGCGCCUUGGUGGUGACGCCAGAGGAGGGGGAGCAGGUUUUGGCUACCACAGUGGAGAUGCACUCCCCGCCGCCGCCGCCACCUUUGGUCCUUCUGGACCCAGGAAGGUUCAGCAAGUCCAGUGGGCGUGCCAGACCGGGUGACUUGGCCAUCUAGCCAUAGUCUCUCCAGAUCCCUUUAUAAACCUUCUCUUUCCUCCUUAGAAACCAAAAAGCAUUUCAAAUCAACAGGUAGGAAGAGGAAAAAAAAAAUCUGACAGCACUGGAGUCCCCUGAGGGAAACACUGAACAAACUGGAUGAGUCUGGUUUUAAUGCUUGCUGUUCUUGUCACUGUGGCAUAGGGUGGGGGUGACACCAGUGUGUCUGAGAUGGAGGUGGGGGGCAGGGUUGUUGGCUUCUACAGACGCUCCCAGCCUGUUUGCUCUUGUUCAGCCUCCUCCAUAGCAGUUACUAUUCUGUCGUGAUGCAGCAACAGGUGUUAGCAGCCCUUCAGUGGGUUGACAAUUGGGUUUCCAUUCCUAAGCUCUCCCGGGCAGCCCAGAGAGUCACAGAGGCACUUAAGCUCUAUCUCCGUUUGAGACUUUUAACUUAGAGUUGAAUUUCAUUUUGGGAUAUUUGCCAAACGGUACUAAAAAAAGAUUUAGAGGGAACCUAUCUAGUGUCGCCUGAGCUUCUGGAAUUGCAUGCGAACUCCAGGACAUCCAACUGCAGGCUGCAGGACAAAGUGACAGAAAGCGGUUGUCCUCCUGUGCUGGUUCCGCGGGACAGGGCCACGGGCAUUCCUGGUAGAGGAGGUGGCGAUGCGGAGACCCUGGAAAGCCCUUCAACAGAGGAGGAAGAUGGUGGUGUGGCAGGCAUGCCGUAGGUGUUCAUUUAUUUCUUUGAUGACAUUUUGUGCUUAGCCUGGAUGGUGAAAGUAUUUACACCCCCUUCCCCCACAUACACAUAUUUUUGCCUUUCAUUUAAAAAAUAGUACCGUUAAAAUGAUUACUGAUCAGGGAGAUGUUUAAUGACUUAAGAUUUUCCUUUCCUUUGAAACAAAUUCACCUUCCAUGGCAGCCGACUAAUCACUGUGAGGAUGUCUAGAUGAUAAAUUAAUCACUGUGAGGAUGUCUGGAUGAUAAAUUAAUCACUGUGAGGAUGUAUGAUAGAUAAAACUUGGGGGAAUUCACGUGCAUUUUAAGUACUUGAAGUUUUAAAGUUUCUGAAUCAGAGGCUCACUACUAUUACCAGGAAAAAUGUUUAUGCAGAUGAAUCACUGAUGACCUACACUGAAAAGAAAGUACAAAAUAAAACACUUCAAGCU